AUGUACCGAGAAAUUGCUGUCCUCGCGUCUCUACUAUGCUUUGUGAGGGCUGAUUGGCAGUUCAAGUCAAGGCCCGAUCUCGCUCCACCACGGCUCAACAUCACGAUCCCUGCAGCUUCUACUGUCGACAAGGGAUACCUUUUCGUGGCGCCAUUCGCAGGCCUUCCAGACACGCCUACCGAGCAACACGGCCCACGACAAGCCGGACCAUAUAUCUUUCGAGAUGACGGCGAGCUUGUCUGGUCGGGGUACGGCAUCUACUCGAUCUGGGCAACAAACUUCCAGGCUGCUCGGUGGAAGGGGGAAGACGUCCUGUUCAGCUUUGAGGGAGACCACAACCCCGGAUAUGGUCACGGACAUGGACACACGACCAUCCUGAACAAGCAUUAUGAUACGAUCAGAGAGCUAAGAGCUGGCAAUCAUAAGCUCACCGACAAGCAUGAGUUCCACAUUAUUGGAGAGAAGACGGCCUUGAUUCAGAUAUACCAACCGGUUCCGCGAGACCUCACUCCAUGGGGAGCAAGCGAGGAGCAGCAGUGGAUUGUCAAUGCCAUCAUUCAAGAGCUCGACAUCGAGACGGGAGAACUGCUCUUCGAAUGGGCCAGUCUCGACCACGUCUCCCCAGACGAAGCCGUGCUCCCGCUCAACCCCGGCCAAGCGGGCUCCGGCUACAACUCGUCCGACGCAUGGGACUACUUCCACAUCAACAGCGUCGACAAAGACGCGUCAGGCAACUACCUCAUCUCCGCCCGCGACGCCUGCUCCAUCCACAAGAUCUCGGGCGCGACGGGCGCCAUCCUCUGGCGGCUCGGCGGCAAGAACUCGUCCUUCACGCUCGGCCCCAACGCAACCUUCUGCUUCCAGCACCACGCGCGCUUCCUGCCCACCAGCCCGGAAUACGACGACGACCCAUCCAUCGAGCUCAUCUCCCUCUUCGACAACGCCGCCCACGGCACCGAGCACUCGGGCGGCUCCGAAGUGCGCACGGCGCCGACCUCGAGCGGCAAGAUCCUGCGGCUGAACAGCAGCAGCAGCAGCAGCGGCGGCGGCGGCGGCGGCGCCUGGACCGCCGACCUCGUGCAAGGCUUCUACCCGCCUCCCGGCACGACGUUUCUAUCCAAAUCGCAAGGCUCGACGCAGGUGCUGCCGAACGGCAACGUCCUCGUCAACUGGGGGUCCGAGGGCGCGCUGACCGAGUACCUGAUGCCCGGCGGCGAGCCCGUGUUCCACGCGUUUCUCGACAGCGGCGCCGUGCUGGGCGCGGGCGUGCAGAAUUAUCGGGCGUUCCGGUACGAGUGGACGGGGGUGCCGGGCGAGGAGCCGGCGAUUGUGGCGCUGGAGGAGGAUGCGGCGGCGGUGAGUGGUGGGGGGACGACGGUGUAUGUGUCGUGGAAUGGGGAUACCGAGACCGCGGCGUGGAGGUUCUUUGAGGUCGCGGGCGACUCUGGUGGGAGAGGGGGGGAGACGGAGCUGGUUCGCCUGGGAGACGUGCGGCGGGAGGGGUUUGAGACGGCGCUGAGGCUGCCUGGGCGCAAGGUUAAGGGAGUGCUGGCGGAUGCGGUGGGCCGUGACGGCGAGGUGCUGCGGACGACGAAGGUUGUCACGCCCGAACCGGAGAUUUUGAAGGCGUUGCCCCACGGCAAAGGCCAAGGUCGUCCGCAGCAGCAGUUGCUCAACGUGGAGUACGGCCAGUAG